CCGCUGUCAGUGCGAUACACGAACACAGAGACGAUAAGGACACGGUGCACGGGUCAUAUUCCCCGGCAAUGUGACCGGUGGCUCCUCUGCUCUGAAGCAUCCAGUCAACCAGCGAGAGUGAAGUGUCCCUACUCAGAGAAAUGGCAGGGCAGGAGACAGAGAGCACCCAGCAGCUCAAAUUAAUCACUGAAACAGACAAACCGAAAGACGAUACAAAUUCCUUAAAUGUGGUAAAUGGGGAAAACAAAACCGUGAAGAAAGACUCGGAUGAAAACAUAAUCAAGCCAGAUGAUUGUGCAUCUGCAGCUGCACCCACAAACGAAGAGACUGAAGACGACACUGGUGAACCAACAGCAGCGGCUGAUGGUAAAAACCUCACUGGGCAGAAAGCACCUGACACAACCAGUUCACCAACCCUGGUUGAAAGACAGACUGUUCAAGUAGAGGGAUCCUCCGGUGGACCUGAUGUACAACCACAUGGUGUUGAAGACAAACCGAAAGAAGAUACAAAUUCCUUAAAUGUGGUAAAUGGGGAAAACAAGACUGUGAAGAAAGACUCGGAUGAUAAUGUUAUCAAGCCAGAUGAUUGUGCAUCUGCAGCUGCCCCCACAAACGAAGGGACUGAAGACGACACUGGUGAACUAACAGCAGCAGCUGAUGGUAAAAACCUCACUGGGCUGAAAGCACCUUACACAACCACACCAACCCUGGUUGAAAGAGCUUUUGCUGCUGCAUCCACAAACAAACAGCCCACAGUGCAGGCGGAUGGUAAAAGUGAAGACCUCACUGAGAAGAAAGCACCCGUGACCAGCUCACCGACCCUGAAUACAGUGAAAACAGACCAAGUAGAUGGAUUCACAGGUGGACCUGAUGUACAACCACAUCGGGAUGAAGACAUAACAAAUGAAGCUGCAGGGGAUCACGAAGGAAGUCCAGAGCAUGAUUCCCCUGAACCGGAAAUGUUGGACACGAAAGACACAGAGGAAGAGACGCAUAACUGGGGAAUACCUGUUGAAACCAUUAAGUCUGUUUCUGUGGAGAGUGUUGAACACACAGCUACAGAUGACACUGGGAUUCUUCGAGGGAAUUUCUGGGUUCUGACAGCAGUGGCAGUUGUUGUAGUAGCUGCUUGUCUUGCCAUUUACCUGACGCCCUCCAGCCCUUCUGAGACUCCACUUGAGGAAAACAGUGUAGCCGUCUUCCUCAGGCAAAUGGAAAAAGUGAAGGCUCAGUUCCUUAAUCAGCGUGCGGAGGUCUGGAAAAGGAGCAGGAUCCACCUGCAGAGGCACCUCCAGACAGCCCACCCAACAGCACCAGUGAGUCUCAUCCUGACUGCUGGCCUCAGAGCAGAGAAGACACUACACUGCCUGGCCCAAGGCCUGGCCUCCUCCUUAUCUUUUGCACUCAAGGCCUCCGUCCUGCAGAUAAAUGGAACCAGCGCAGCCAGCCAGGACAGCGACCAGGUCAAACUGGACAUAGAUCGCAAGCUGCAAAGCGCUUUCGAAGGGGACAAACCUGUGGCCAUCAUUCACCGCUUUGAGGAGCUGCCUCCAGGCUCCACUCUCAUUUUCUAUCGCUACUGUGACCACGAGAACGCUGCCUACAAGGAGACUUUUCUGAUAUUCACAGUGCUGCUGGAGGAGGAAGAGGAGAUUCCUGCCAAAAUGCAUUUGAAUGCUGUGGAGGAGAUGGUGGACGACCACCUCAAGAAGAAGUUCCUCUCUCAUGACCACCCUGUGUCUUUUGACAGGAUGGACAUUGACAAGUAUGGUGGACUGUGGAGCCGCAUUUCUCACCUUAUCCUCCCGGUAGCAGCAGAGGACAGGAUAGAACAUGAAGGCUGCCAGGGCUAGAAAAUAAUCAAUUAUGUUUGAACUUUAAAUCAAAAUACAAAACUAAUGCAACUUAUCAGAUCUGGCACUGGAGAACUCUGGUCAUUGUGGGGUCAGUACAGUCGUUUUAAAUACCAAAAGGUUUCUUAUUGUAUUGAAGCUCACUUCAGGUGACGGCAUCAUGGGAAAGAAUAAAACACUUAAGAUAAUUAUGGGAUAUUUUCUGAUAUUCAUUGAAAAGGUUUGAUAAAACACUGUGGCACUUUAUUAAUAUUUGAUUAAAUGUGAUUAGAGAAAAUCUGCGAUGUGUGAUGUAAUUGUGGGGGUUGUGAUGAUUUUACACUGCAAUGCGUCAUUGUUAAAAGUUAUAGAAUGAGAGACUAUUGUUUGUUUAUGUCUAACACACAAAACAACUAUUAAUUUCACAACACAGGAUUUGUUUUUAUGACAGUUUUCUGUGUAAUUCUCUAAAUGCGUGGCACUAUGUGCCUUUAAACAUUUAAUGUGCAAUGUUUGUAUAUAUAUAUGCUCACAUCAGAGAGAAACAAGUACACAAUGAAAUGUGCCUUACAGUACAAAUAAACUCAAGUUCCU